CUGGUACCUGACACGAAGAUAAAUGUCAGCUAGUGAAGAUGUAGUAAACUUUAUUAUUAUUAUGUAAAUGCCGAAAUCAAGGUGCUUAGUAAAAUUAUGUUCGAGGUUAACAUCAACGUUGGCUAUUCGUUACAACCAAAUAGAAGCGAAUAUUUUGCACACAAUAUUCUAAUAUUAGUCGACCUAUCGUGUCAGGAAACAAAUUUGUUUUUAAUAAAGGCCAGCGCACAAGGAUACUUCAAAUCACCAUACAGAUGGCUUCUUUUAAACACAGAAGGAAACAACUUUGAUGUAUUGGAUCAGCUGGAUAUGCCACUCAACAGUGACGUAGUAAUUGCUAAUAUUGGCUUUGAUUCAACUGUUUUCAUUGAAGACAGUAAUAAUACUAAACAGCAUUUGGAUGACAGACUAUACUUACACCAAGAUUCUAUAACAAAAAUGAGUUACAUGGUGGUCAAGAUUUGCUUUGAGAUGCUGAAUGCAACCGAACGCUUGCUAUUCACACCCACCUGGGGAUACAAGGAUAAGAAUGGAAACUGGCAAGGAAUAGUAGAUCACCUCCUUAAAAGGGAAGCAGAUCUCGGUACAUUAACAAUAUUUACUCAAGAGCGUAUGAAAGUGGUUGACUACAUCGCUAUGGUGGGUUCAACGGCAGUUCGCUUCGUGUUUCGGGAACCUCCUCUAUCAUUACUUCAGAAUAUCUUUACACUUCCUUUCACGGGUGGUGUAUGGAUGGCAAUAGUAGUAUGUGUGCUGAGCUGUGCACUCUUCUUAUAUAUAGCCUCGAAAUGGGAGGCUACUGUGGCUAUGCAUCCAAUGCAGUUAAAUGGAUCCUGGGCUGAUGUUCUGAUAUUAAUCAUUGGCGCUGUGCUGCAGCAAGGAUGUACCCUUGAACCCAGAUACGCUGCAGGCCGUUGUGUCACGUUACUUUUAUUCAUCGCAUUAACAAUUCUCUACUCAGCAUACUGUGCCAAUAUAGUCGUGCUACUACGAGCUCCAAGUUCAUCUGUCAGGAGUCUACCUGACCUCCUAAACUCGCCUUUGAAGCUGGGAGCAAGUGACUUCGAAUAUAAUCGUUAUUUCUUUAAGAAACUGAACGAUCCUAUCAGAAAAGCAAUCUACGACAAGAAAAUCGCACCCAAGGGAAAGAAACCAAACUUUUACAGCAUGAAAGAUGGUGUAGAAAGAAUACGGAAGGGUCUUUUUGCAUUCCACAUGGAGCUGAAUCCUGGAUAUAGAUUAAUUCAAGAAACAUAUAAGGAGGACGAGAAAUGUGAUCUUGUUGAAAUCGAUUAUAUUAAUGAAAUCGAUCCUUGGGUUCCCGGCCAGAAGCGAUCGCCAUACAAGGACUUGUUUAAAAUCAACUUCAUCAAAAUCCGAGAGACCGGUGUACAAGCUGCCAUACACCAUCGCCUGCAUGUUGGAAAGCCACAUUGUUCGGGGACCAUUUCGGCAUUUAGCAGCGUCGGCUUCAGUGACAUGUAUCCAGCUAUUAUAACCACACUAUACGGAAUGUUGCUGGCACCAGCUGUGCUCGUGCUGGAAAUAAUGUAUAAGAGAUUGUAA